AUGUAUAACGCCUCCUCCAUAUCAGCUCCACCACCACCAUACGAACUCCACCGGACCACCUACCCUCACCCACGUCAAGCUCAAAGGAUCAAGGGGAUAUCCUCAUUACCUAUCCAUGUGAUCCACAAGAUACUAAGCUUCACGUUGGAUCUGAGAGCUACGCCGAGCAAGUUCUGGUCUGAUCCAGAGGAAGAGAGGGUAAGGAGGAUAUGGGCUUUGUUUAGGGGUUUGAGAGGUGUAAAUAGGGUGUUCUGGCUGGUAUCAACUUCAAUCCUUCGAGCAAUGUAUUUAGAAAAUUACCUAUCCCACAUCCGACCUGACUACUCAUCUGAUCCAUUCCCCUAUGAAUCGUCCCAUCUCGACGAACCCAACUCGAAUGAAGAUUGUGUAAAGGGUCAAUCGGUAUAUCAAGGGAUAGGUAGGGAGACGUCAGUAUUCGAUAGGUAUAUAGCUGUCAAAGUGGGUCAGGAAUUGAGGUUGGUGGAAAGUAGUUUGAGCGAAGAGGGGGAAGCUGUUGAGGAGAUUUUCAAGAGAUUACAACCAUCGGCACGUAUUGAAGAUCUCCUCUUAACUCUCCCUUCCCACUUUAUAGUCCCCUUCCCAUCUUCCAACUCCCCUAUGAUACCCCAGAGGGGGUUCCCUCUGCCUCAAUCUCACCUCAGCGUGACACUCACUCCUACCUGGGCUCAACUGUAUCUCCACUCUAAUCCUGUAGCAUCAGGUAAAAGAGGAUCGAAAGAGCUUGUGGUGGAAGUAAGAAGGAUAGGCACCUUGGAAGGUACGACGAAAAGGAUCGAAGAUGGUCUGGAUGAUAUUUAUAGGAGACUCGUCCCAUGGGGUGGGAGGGUCCAGUAG